UUCCUAAAUUUUAUAAGCUGAGAAUUUCGUUAUUCAUAAGCAGGCCUAUGCCCGAAAAUGCUGCUUUGAACGCGAGAAUGUAAAAUUCCCCACUUGUUGAUUACGCGGGAUGUUAUUAUUCCCUCUGCGAAUAAUUAAAUAGCCGUUCCUUUCUUUGAAAUGGGAAUUCAGGUCAUAUUUCCUUUGCUUCACUGUUUCUUCUUCAUUUUAUAGAUAUAACCAAAAUCGUCAAAUAAAGCUGUAUACCAAGAGAAAUAUUACUGUGCACGUGCUAUCACUUAUAAACUAAAUUUUACUGAAGAAAAUAAUGACAUCAGACCUCGAUCCCUUCAUUGCACGAUGCGCAAAAGCAGUAUACAAUAACUUAAGACUCCCAUUAAAAAUUCAACAGUUGUCAAAUGUCAAUAACGAUCUACCGGUAGAAAUUUUGAAAAUGCAGCAAGUGGUAGCUCUGCUGGAUAAGAAUAAACUAGAUGCUAUUAUCAAAAAGUUUUUACAGAAUGGAAACCCGAAGAAAAGCAUUCAAGACCUUAUCGACAAACUCGACUCUGAGCUACAGGUCGUGUUCUCAUUAGAUGAAGAUGUAGCCUUUGAUGAUAUUGAUACAGAAGUUUCAGAUAGAAUCGAAAAUACAAUGCAUAAACCUACAAAAAUAGAUACAACAAACAUUGUUUUGAGCACCAUAGAUACCACCCCAGUAACGCCAGAGCCGACCACAACCACCCCAAUGAGUGGAAAAUCAAUGAACAGUAAUACUUACAGUAAUAAUGCCGCAAAGAAAAGACUUCGGUCACCCACACCUGAAUUGCCUGAUACCACUUUGGCGAAGAAACUGAAAGUAAGUGUCAAAAAAAGCACGCCGUUACGAUGCUUUAGUGACGAUGAAUCAACAGUACACAAUAUCAUCUGCAAUCCAGCAGGAGCCUCCAAAUUAUUCUCAAAUGUUCCUUGGAUUUAUUUGUAUGAAAUUGCUCGUUUUGUCCAAGCUUUUCAAAUAUCAUGGAGCGAACUACCCUUCGAUGCGUUCCAACAAUUUUUGGUAACAGCUAAUAAUGAACCACAUCGGCUAUUUGAAGUGAUGGUCAAAUGGAAUCAAGAGACACGUUUAGGUGUGAAAGUGAACGGCUUAGCUUAUACACAAAUGACACGGUGCCCUGAUAAUGUUUGGGCUCAUGUAAAACAAUGCAACAAGAUUUCAUCCAAUCUGUUAACAGUACCUACUAUCCAUGAUACCUCAGAAGUUAAAAUAGCCAAAGCGCGAAUGAAGAACCGAAUGAUUCAUUAUAGCGGUAUCAUUCGCUUUAAAACGUCUUCGUCAGAUCCGAGCAUCAUCUUGAGAGCUCCAAAAGUAGAGGCUUCCAAUCGAUUAUUUCGCAAAUUUGGACAAGAUCGCUUUUUAGAACUCAAGCUAGCCAAAGGAACUCAUCCAACAUUGAUCAAGAGACACAAAAAGUACUUUUUAAAGCCAUUCGUUUUCAUGCAACGUGUAUUCAAAUUUUUAUUCGUUAAAGAGGAUAUGAUUAUUUUAUUUGCUACUGAAGGCGUCGAUUUACAACCUAUUAGUAUCCAAGAAGUCAUUGAUUGGCACAUGCCUAUAAGUGAGAACUGGAACAUGUCAAUGAGUAAAUAUGCUAGCAGAAUGUCUCUUGGUUAUAGUAGUAGUAUCCCAACUCUGCAAUUCAAGCCUGAAGAAAUUAUCUAUAUCGAUGAUGUUUAUGCAUCUGAAGGAUCUAAUGGAGAUGAAGAAGCCACAUGUAUGACAGAUGGCUGUGGUAUCAUAUCUUGUUCAGCGAUGAAAGAAAUUAUGGGGUGUCAAGCUGCAGACGAAUUGCCUUGUGCUGUUCAAGGACGUAUUGCUGGCGCUAAAGGUAUUUGGAUUGUAUCACCCGAUCUCGACUUUAGUUCGGGAAAUUGGAUCAAGAUCAGAAAGAGUCAAAAUAAGUUCAAGACAGGCUUACCUCAAGCCGAUUUGAGCUUGGAUCCGCAUCAUUAUACUUUUGAUUUGAUUAAAAAUUCAAUUUGUAUCUACCCAUCCAAUUUGAAUACACAGUUCAUUCAAUGUUUAGCUGCCGGCGGUGUGCCUACUGCAGUCUUUAUAGAAAUUCUCAAAGAAUACGUGAAUCGACUAGCUACAAUUGUAGUUGAAAACCAAAGUAUCAAGCUGCUGAGAGACUGGGUUGCGAAAACUGGAAAUAUUAUGACAGUCAGAUGGGAAGACGAAGAAAGUGUUGAAAAAGGCUUAUGGAACGACAUGUUGAGCAAUAAUUAUAUAGGUGAUGACGAGAAUGAUAGUGGCUUCUACACCAUGUCCCCCGCAGAUCUCACCGACGCUGAAGAAGAAGGUUAUGAAGUAGGACAGCGGUACACUGACGGCGACACUGAAUCAUCCCUUGCGGCGAAGGGCGAUACAUUCUGGGCCCAGCCAAAUGCACAUAAAGGCAGCUUCUACGCACGGAUCAACAAGUAUUCUGGUUUUCCCUGUGGGUUGCAUGAAUCUGUGAUUCGACUCUUAGAUGCUGGUUUCGACUUGUCUAAUGCUUAUGUUGCUACCCGCGUCACUAUGAUUUUCCGACAAAUCAUCCAAGCCAUCACUAUUAAGUAUAAGAUCGAAAUAGCUCAAUCUUGUACUGUUACCUGUAUACCUGAUCCCACCGGAACACUAAACGAAGGCGAAAUUUUUUUGCAACUCUCGAGUAGACGGAAAGAUGAAAAGACGGGUGUGCGUGCUGGACAAGUACUCGGCGAUGUUAUUGUCACACGUAAUCCUUGUGGUCAUAAAAGUGAUAUUCAGAAAGUAAAGGCGGUGGAUUGCACAGCUUUAAGAAUGUACACAGAUAUUGCUGUUUUUUCUAUCAAAGGUUCGACAUCUUUGGCUAGCCAGCUCAGCGGUGGCGAUUACGAUGGUGAUAUUGUUUUCUGUUGUUGGGAUGAACGUAUUGUCAAGCCGUUCAAAUCUUCACCGGUUCCUCCAGAACCAUCAAGAGUAAGAGAAGCCUUUGAUAAGGAUGAAUCUACGGUUGGGGGUGAAGUUUCAGCCUGGAAUAAUCCCGAAGAAGCUAUUCAGAAUAACUUUAUCUCCGUUGCUAUUCCAGAUGGUACAUUAGGUAUCUACGAAAACUGGCGAACUGUAUUGGCAGAGAGGACGUCGCUUGAUAAUCCAGAUGUCGUAUACCUUGCACAUAUGUGUGCUAAAUUGGUGGAUGCUCCCAAACAAGGUCUACGCUUGAAGGCAAGCGCCAAACAUAGAGAUCGUAGCAGUUUUGCUGAGUUACCAUAUCCUGAUGCGCCUCUUACGACCACCAUGGACUACUUAUAUGACACACUACUGAAAGAAACCGCGGCUUUCACAAGAUACUCCCGCAGUAUGUUCUACGAAGAUGAUGUACCUUUCAAAGAUCCAGACUUGAUAGCGCCUUACAUGAAAGCAUGCGAACUUGCCAAUCAACUUAAUGAUACAGCAUUAAAAAAAGAUCUGGAAUCAAUAGUCGCAGCUGUGAAUAAGAACAGAGAUGAAUACAAUAAGCAAGUUGCGAAACUAGACGAAGCUAGACGACACUUUUUAGAUAAUGUACAUAAUCCUCAGCGUUAUUUCAAAGAAAAAUUGAUUGAUGAUUAUCAAACCCAGUUCAACAGUCAUUUUGAGUUAGAGGAAUAUUUUGCCAAGGAUUUCUUACACUCACCGCCAAAUCAAACAUUUUCGUCCAAUAUUUUGAUAUAUGAUAUCCAAGCGAAUGGAGGUCGAAUGCUUCAGAAUAUUAAAGCAAGUUAUGCAUAUACCAUCAGUGUUGCUGCUUUUAAGUACAGUAAAUACUGUUAUAUCGUAGCAUACGACGCUUUAAGAAGAAUCAAGGCCGAUGCAUGUGCAAAGCAAAUUAAAGAAAAUGGGCUUUGUGAAUCUGUCGCCGUCUCCUCCUACAAAUGCAUGAAUAUUGAUAGGAAAUGGGUGAGACGACUUAAAGAAGCAAAUUAUAGAGAAGAAAAUGUAAAGGAAGUACGUGUAUCAGAAGAGCUGUUUCAAUCGAGGCAAUAAAGCACUCAGUUCAUCAUCCAAAUAAUAUUUUUGCUCUAAAAGCUGGUAAGGAGUAUAUUUUGCAAUAUACUCCUGCACCAUUCCUUUUUCAUCGCAGUAGGUUUCAGAUAUUUUCGUUUUUUUACACCUACGAUAAUUUGCAAGUUUUAAUUAUCAAAGUGGGUUAUUAUCACAGUUUGGUUAAGAUUUUUGAAUCGUUUGUCCAUACAGAUGUGAAGGCUUUUGUAUAAGAA